GUUAAUCUAAGUAAAGCCGUAGUUGUAUCCCUCAUGGAAGUGGUACCGAAAAAAGUGGACGAAGAAACGAAACAAGAUUUGGAAAACAAUAGUGAUGAAAGUGAAGUGAUGUUGCUCAAAAUAGAUUUGCUUGCAGCAUAUUUAGAGUCAUUGAAAGCAUACAACUACUACAAUAGGAAAAAUAAGCGGGCAAAUCUCACGUUCUUAAAAAUAUCUGCGCUGUUGGAGCGGUUUUUGCAAUUUGAGAAUAAAAAAAGAUACGACAAGAAGACGUGUAGAAUAUUUACUGAGAACAGGAUUGUCGACAAGAAGGAGAAAAACUUAAAACGGGCAGAGAGUUACAAUAAAUGAGUUAAAAGUUAUACGGAACAGAUUUUAGUAUUGAACAUUUAAUUUAUCGUUUUGAAAAGAACUGGUG